CUUCCGGCGCUCCAUUUUGUUGUAAUUUAGUGUGUGAGCGAGAGUGGUGUUGUGUACCUUCACAACCCACUUAAAAUUGUGAAAUAAUUUAUUUAAAAAUACAAAAAAAUAUAAAAAAAACUAAUAAAAAAUAACAAAAAAAUCGCAAAAUAGUGUAAAAAAGUAAAAUAACAAACGUAAUGAAUCCAGGCGCCCCAAAUUACCCCAUGGCGUCUUUGUACGUUGGGGAUUUACACUCUGAUAUUACUGAGGCCAUGCUUUUUGAGAAAUUUUCAACUGCGGGCCCUGUUCUUUCGAUUCGCGUUUGCAGAGACUUGAUUACACGUAGAUCCUUGGGUUAUGCGUACGUAAAUUUCCAGCAACCUGCUGAUGCUGAGCGUGCGCUGGAUACAAUGAACUUUGACUUGAUUAAAGGACGUCCCAUCAGAAUAAUGUGGUCUCAACGAGAUCCAUCAUUGAGAAAAUCUGGUGUUGGUAAUGUUUUUAUUAAGAAUUUGGAUCGUUCCAUUGACAACAAGGCUAUGUAUGAUACUUUCUCAGCUUUCGGUAAUAUUCUUAGUUGUAAGGUAGCUCAAGAUGAAAACGGCUCUAGUAAAGGAUAUGGAUUUGUUCAUUUUGAAACUGAAGAAGCUGCAAAUAAAUCCAUUGAAAAGGUAAAUGGUAUGUUGUUGAAUGGAAAAAAAGUAUAUGUUGGUCGCUUUAUUCCACGUAAAGAAAGAGAAAAGGAACUGGGAGAAAAGGCCAAGCUUUUCACAAAUGUAUAUGUUAAAAAUUUUGGUGAAGAUUUAUCUGAAGAAGAGUUACGGAAUAUGUUUGAAAAGUAUGGUAAAAUUACCAGCUACAAAAUAAUGAGUAAAGAUGAUGGUAAAUCUAAAGGCUUUGGCUUUGUUGCCUUUGAAAAUCCAGAGGCAGCCGAAACAGCGGUGGAAGCUUUGAAUGGAAAAGAAUUGAUGGAAGGAAAACCUUUGUAUGUAGGAAGAGCCCAAAAGAAAGCUGAGCGCCAGCAAGAACUAAAACGUCGAUUUGAAGCCCUUAAAAUGGAAAGACUUAAUCGUUAUCAGGGUGUAAAUCUCUAUGUUAAAAACUUGGAUGAUACAAUAGACGACGAACGUCUCCGUAAAGAAUUCUCUCCGUUCGGAACCAUAACUUCUGCCAAAGUAAUGAUGGAAGAAGGUAGAAGCAAGGGUUUUGGUUUCGUCUGCUUUUCCUCCCCGGAAGAAGCUACAAAAGCAGUAACAGAGAUGAACGGCAGAAUUGUCGGUACGAAGCCUUUAUAUGUUGCCUUAGCUCAGCGUAAAGAAGAUCGCAAAGCACAUUUAACAUCUCAGUACAUGCAGCGCAUGGCCAAUAUGCGCAUGCACCAGAUGGGUCAGUUCAUUCAACCAGGUGCGUCUAGCGGCUAUUUCGUUCCAACCAUUCCUACCGCACAGAGAUUCUAUGGACCAGCCCAGAUGGCUCAGAUUCGUACCAGUCCCAGAUGGCCUGCCCAAACACCUGUAAGACCAGGUGCUCAAGGAGGAGCUACUGCCUACACUGGCAUGCCAAACACUUACAGAGCGGCUACUCGUCCACCAAACCAGUCAACAACAAUGCGUAGCAACAUCAGUGUACCUAGACCAAUUACUGGACAACAACCUCAAAGUAUGCAAGGUCGUCCACUUGCUGGACAAGGUGGAGUUGUACCUUCCGCUGGCCGCACAGCAAACUUCAAAUAUACUUCGAACAUGAGAAAUCCACCUCAAUCCUUGGGAGGUAUACCAGGAACUGCGGCUCCUGUACAGCAAGCUGUACACAUCCAGGGUCAAGAGCCACUUACAGCAACAAUGUUGGCUGCUGCUCCCCCACAGGAACAAAAACAGAUGUUGGGUGAAAGAUUGUUUCCACUUAUCCAACGCAUGUAUGCAGAUAUGGCAGGUAAAAUCACUGGUAUGUUGUUGGAAAUUGACAAUACUGAGUUGUUGCACAUGUUGGAACACCAGGAGUCGCUUAAGAAUAAAGUGGAAGAAGCAGUUGCUGUACUACAAGCCCAUCAAGCCAAACAGGCUGCUACUCAGAUUAAAAAAGAUUAGUAGUUGGUCGUAGGCGACUGUAGAAGGGAUAUAAUCGUUUAAGAAUAUAAUAUGUAUCCUGUAAUUAUGUAUUGUUGAUUUUCAUAUUUUACUUUAUAUCUCAACGUCUGAAAAGGCAUAAGUUAUUGAGAAGUUAAAGCUAUGAGUAGGCCCUUAUGUGUUCUUACGCCUAUGAACACGUUGUUACAUGUAAAACAAAUUGUGUAUGAAAAAUUUCUUCUUCAGAUGUCAUUUUAAUGGGAAACUGCUAGCAUUCGUUUAUAUAUUAAAUAUAUUGUAUAUAAUAAUUAUUAUUAUAAAUAUAAUAAUAAUUGUUGCAAAUUUAGCAAUUAAUAUUUUGUGAAUUUUCAAUGCAACUUAGCAGAACUUCCAUGUGUAUUUUAGUUUUUUCAUAUUAUUAUUUAUUUUAUAUUUUCAUGUUAUAAAUUACCCGUUGUCUGAAAAGACGAGGGAUUGAGAUCAUUGUUAUUGAUUAUUGAUUGUGCUUGAUUAUUGAUUGAUUAUUAAUAUUACCCUUCCUUACAUCGCCUAUGAACAGGAUACUAUCAAAUAAAUAAAAUAAAUAUAAAAAUUGCAAAUAGUCCUAUGACAAAAAAGUAAAAAAAUCUAUACUUAACAAUCCCAUAAUAAAGAUUUCUUUUCAAUUGGAAACUGUAACAUUCGUUUGUAUUUUCGCAUUGUUUGCAAUUGUUAUUUUGAUCAUUUUCAAUACAAUUUAGUAUAAGUUUAGUAAUCUAAUUUUAUAUUUUUACUGUUUUCAUAUUGUGACAAAUUAAUUUCUAAAAGGGCAUAAAAAUUUUCCAAUAUGACCCUUCUUCGUUCUUACGUUGCCUUUGAAAAGAAUACUAUCAAAUUAAACAAAAAUAAUUAUAAAAAUUGCAAAGAGUCCUAUGACCAAAAACGUAAAAAAGAUUAUCUCUAUUUAAUAAUCAAUUCGUUUGUAUUUUUGCUUAUUUACAAUUUUUAUUUUGAUCUAUUCAAUGGAAUUGUAAGUCUGACAAUGCUUUAUGGACCAUUUUGAUGGAAGAAAGCGUUAAUAUAUUAUUUCAGAUAUUUUUCGACAAUUUCCUUCAUUGUUUAUAUCCUUCAAUACAUGAAUUUUAUGGUUUGUGGACUAUCAUGAAUUUUUUUAUCGUUUGUCUCUUAGUUUUUUAAUUUGAUACGAUUAUGACUCACGUGUGUUGCAAACUAGAGAUACGGAAUGAGUAUAAGUAAAACUAUUUUGUAUUCACAUGCCAUAAAAUUGAUAUAUAAAUAUAUUCGAAUUCAAUAAAUCAGUUAAAUCAA